UAAAUUCAUGGAUAUCUACUGUCAGCAGCAACAAAUUUUCGUCGUUCACUCAUCGCGUUUACAAACGGAAUUUAACGAGAUCAUAAGUAAUAUUCCAUGCACUUUAUAGUCGUUUAUCACGCUAAUGGAUUGUCGAUUCCACCAUGUUCUCGCAAAGGCAAUAUUAUUUUUCUCGGCUCGCCAGGUCACAUCCAAUACUAAAAUUCAUUAAUGUUUAUGAUCGUCAGUCUUUCAUACGUCAAUAUGUUCUGGACAAUAUUUUUAUCUGCGUCUUUGCAUAUGUUUUAUUCUAUCUCACACUUUGGUAUGCUAAUCGAGUUAUAAAGAAGAUUGAUAAAUCAAAUAAAGAAUUAUUGGAAAUCGUUGAGGAUAAUAAAACCAAACUUGCAGAUGUGAUUGUGUUAAAAGAUGAACGUCAAGAGUAUCAAGAAGUUGUCAUGAAAGCGAGAGGCAUACAGCAAGCAACAUCACUAUGGUUGGAAAAUGAAAUAAAUCGAUUAAAUAACGAAUUAUCAGUGACGGCAGAUAAACUUACAUCGUUGGAAAAAAUUCUUAAAAAAAUAAAUUUUAGCGAAUGUUACGGGAAAAGCCUGAAAGCUGCCAAGUCGACCGACUCACUGGGAAAGAUAAAUGUCCAGAAGGUACGGACUUUGUCACAGACUCGCUCGAAAAUGUCAAGAUACUCCAGCCGUCGUUCUCGAAGACUCCGACACAACAAAAGUAUGGUAUCUCUGUCUCUCGACCGUCUAAAUUCCGCACUCCGUUGCCAAAGAUCGGAUUCAAGUAGCGAUGCUUCAGCCGAAACAUCCUCCGUAGCAUCAUCUCGAGGAACGAGGAGGAGAAGACAAGAGUCCAACGAAAAAUCUAGAAGUCUUGCUGAUAAAAAAAAACGAAUCCAUUAAAUCGAAUACAAGGACAUUAAUAAAAUCGAACUAAAAAAAUUUCAAUAUACACAGUGAGGUCAUUAACAGCUGCAUUGAUAGAACGACUUGACAAAAAAAAAGCGCGAUUGUUCGGUGAAUUUCAUAAAUAAUAAUCAAAACAUCUUGGAAUACAAUGUGGAAACUUCUUUAUAUUUCUACAUAGCUUUAAAAAUUGAUUUAAAGUGAGCUAAAUGAUAAAUAAAUUCUUGACU